AUGGAUGGGAGAGGCUCUUUAAAGGUCAUCUUCUUCUUCUUCGCCUCCCUGUGUGCCUGGUAUUCUGGCUACCUUCUCGCUGAGCUGAUCCCAGAGAUGCCACUUUCGAAUGCUGUCUACAACAUUCGGAGCAUUGGCGAGAAGCCCAUCCUUAGAGCCCCAGCACCCAAAAGACAGAAAUGUGACCACUGGACUCCAUGUCCCCCCAACACCUAUGCCUACCGGUUGCUCAGUGGUGGUGGGAGGGACAAGUAUGCCAAAAUCUGCUUUGAGGAUGAGCUGCUCAUCGGGGAAAAGACUGGAAAUGUCGCAAGAGGAAUAAAUAUUGCCAUUGUCAACUAUGUAACUGGGAAAGUGACAGAAACACGAUUCUUUGAUAUGUAUGAAGGUGAUAACUCUGGACCAAUGACAAAGUUUGUUCAAAGUGCACCUCAGAAAUCCCUGCUCUUCAUGGUGACCCAUGAUGAUGGAAGCAGCAGGCUGAAGGAUGAUGCCAAGAAUGCCAUCGAAGCACUUGGAAGUAAAGAAAUCAGGAACAUGAAAUUUAGGUCAAGCUGGGUAUUUCUUGCAGCGAAAGGUUUUGAUCUUCCCUCAGGUAUUCAGAGAGAAAAGAUUAACCAUUCUGAUGGUAAGAAGAACAGAUAUGCUGGCUGGCCUGCAGAGAUACAGAUAGAAGGCUGUAUACCACGAGAACCAAGCUAA